AACAAUAAUUUUUCUUAUUAUAUUAUAAUUUUUUUUUAAAUGUUAGACCCGUGCGAUAUCUCCUACUUGAUUUUAUUUGGGUAGAUAUAGAACCGUACCUUCCAAAGUUUGAUUAUCACUUAUCAAUAAUUAAGAAAGGUUUGGAAUCAAUUUAACCAAACAAACCUUCCUAUCCAAUACACAACCAAACACAUCAAUCAUUUCGAGUUUGGUGAUUAUUAGAGUUUGAAGGUGUGUUUUGUUAUGGUGCGUGUCAUCCUAUAAACUAUAGGCUAUUAUAUUAAUGUCUCCAACAAACAAAAACCUUUUUCAUCGAACACCAAAUUUUAACCUACGAUCACAACACCUAAACCUAAUUAUGGCAGAAAAUUUUAAAAUAACAAUCUUAUGGCCCUCCCCAUAUUUAUCUCUUUUCCAUAAGUUUAUCCAUUGGUUAAAAUCUUCUUUACAUGGAUAAUAUAAAUUGAGAAACAAGGUCAAAGGAUUUCUCAAACUCAUCAAUAAAACAUUCUCACAAGCAACGAUCAAACAACAAUGGCAACUUCCAUGAUCCAUAUAUUCGUCACCGUCAUGCUCGUGGCCGCCCACACGGCCAUCGCCGAAACAAUGAUGCUUCAAGAUUUUUGUGUUGCCGAUCUCUCCAACGGGGUGAAAGUCAACGGAUACCCUUGCAAAGACCCAACAAAAGUAACACCAGAGGACUUCUACUUCGUAGGCUUAGCCAAUGCUGCAGCCACAGCCAACAGCACAAUGGGCUCAGCUGUUACAGGAGCCAACGUUGAGAAAGUGCCUGGCCUCAACACUCUGGGAGUCUCCAUCUCUAGGAUCGACUACGCACCAGGCGGAAUCAACCCGCCACAUCUUCACCCAAGAGCCUCUGAAGCCAUCUUCGUCCUCGAAGGCCGUCUCUUCGUCGGUUUCUUAACCACUACCGGGAAACUCAUCUCCAAACACGUCAACAAAGGAGACGUUUUCGUUUUCCCUAAAGCUCUCCUACAUUUCCAGCAGAACCCUAACAACGCUCCUGCUUCCGUCAUCGCUGCUUUCGAUAGUCAGCUUCCAGGGACUCAAGUCGUUGGACCGUCUCUGUUUGGUGCUAACCCGCCAAUUCCUGAUGAGCUGCUCACCAAGGCGUUCGGCGGGCUUGCAGCACCAGAGAUUCAGAAGUUAAAGGGAAAAUUCCCACCCAAGAAAUAAAUAAUAGGUUUCAGACCACAGCAAUAACGUAAUAAAUGAUACAGUGAUGAACAUAAAAACUGUAAACUUGUAAGCAAAAGCAAAAAAGCUUUGCAACUUUUCUUCUUCUUUUUGUAUUUUUAUAAAUUGUUGUAGAUACUCUUUUGACUGUAUUUUUAUAAUGAGACCACAGUUUCAAUGAGUAGACAUUCUCUUCUUUGAACAA